CGCCCCAGCAUCCCCCACAAGGCUCCGCGACAGCCGCUAUGGAGGCUGGCAGGGCAGCUGUUCUCCGCGUGAAGCGGAAGCGCAGCGCGGAGCCCGCAGAAGCUCUUGUCCUCGCAUGUAAACGUCUCCGGAGCGACCCAGUCCAGUUGGCGGCCCAAAAUACGCUCCCCGAGGGUCUGGAGAGGGCAGCAGAGAAUAAUGUCUUCCAGUUGGUGGCCACCGUGCGCUCCCAGGAGGAGCCUGUCCAGCCGCUUGUGCGGGCCGCCUUACGCCCACCACAGGGCAGCCAGCAGCGUAUCCGGCGCAACCUCCGCACGUCGGUUCGGGAGAUCCGGCAGGAGGGCCGCUACAGGGUCGUCUCUAGCCGCCGAUCCUCAGGGAUUCCUUCGGGUGGCCUAGAGUCUGAGGACACGCCCGGAAACCCAGAAGCCGCCGACGACGUAGGCUUCCAGCUAUUCGACCUGGUCCAUGAAGAAGAUCCAGAGGCCGCUGCCGCAGGUUCCUGCGACGCAUCUGACCCAGAUGUGAUCCUCUGCAAUUCUGUAGAGUUGAUCCGUGAGCGGUUGACUGUAUCUGAAAAUGGACCAAGAGUCGGGCACCAGGAAGAAAAGAAGGACGACUAUGUAUAUGACAUUUACUACUUGGAGAUGGCCACUCCGGGAUGGAUUGAGAACAUCCUCUCUGUACAGCCCUACAGCCAGGAGUGGGAGCUGGUGAAUGAUGACCAACAACCAGAGGACAUUUAUGAAGAUGAAGAUGACGAGAACAGUGAGAAUAAUUGGCGCAAUGAGUACCCAGAGGAGGAGAGCAGUGACAGAGAUGAAGAUUCCAGAGGCUCUGAUGACUACAACAGCCUCAGUGAUGAGGAAAGAGGCAACAGCAGACCACAGAUAUGGAGCAAAUACCCUUUGGAUGUUCAGAAGGAGUUUGGCUAUGACAGCCCCCAUGACCUGGAUUCAGACUGAUGAUCCUGGGAUAUCCAUGAGGUUCUAUCAUAGGCCCUUGAGGGCUUUGUGACUGCAGGGCCAGUUGCCCUGGUAAUGGGUUUCCUAGUUUAACACAUGGAAGGAUGUCCAGCAGCACCAUCCUACCAGUAAAAACAUGUGCUGAAGGAGGGUGUCUUUUCCACCCUCCUUUUGUAGGGCUCUUUUGCCUCCGUCAAAAGUGCCCCUACAGUCUGGGGGCGGGGAAGCCAUAAACAUGAAGCUUCCCGGCCCAGGCAUUUUCUCAUUCUCCUACGCUGAAGCCAGUAAAUGGAGGAGAGUCUCCUGUUCUAUCAGCAGUAAGAUUCAGCUUUCCCAUACCACAGGCCACCUGCCUCAAGUAAAAGCUUGUUUUUUGUCUCUAGAUAGAGGGAAUCUAGAAGGGUGACACUGGGUCCCUUACAAGAAUGGCCACUAGGGAAGGAACCAGCAUCAGCUUGAGCUGUGAAGGGUGUUAAUAGCUGUCUCUACCUCCCUGCUUCCUGACUGAUACGGUUAUAUAAAGAUUGCUGUCUUCCUUUGUCAGUGGUGCCAAGGAACAAAGUAUAUGUGAAUGUGAUACUCUGCAUUUAAUAAAAACUAACUUUAAAUAUG